AUGAAGAAGAGAACAGUCUUUCUAUGCAAUAAUAAAGUAAAAGAAGAGUAUCCUUAUAUAGAAUUAUUUGAUUUAUUAGCAAAUGACCCACGAGCAAUUGAAAGCAAUAAUAGCACACAGCUUGAGGAUGAAAGAGUAAUACGACAGGCAUAG